AUGUGAAUGACAAAGCGAGCGAAUGAACUGGGAGCGGUUGAUUUUGUUUGAAAUUCUCCUCUAAUAAAAUAAACUUCAACUCUGGAAGGAUACAGUUCUAUUUCUGGAAAGAGUGAAAUGUAGGCUGGGAUAAAAAAGAAAGAAAGAAAACAGAAAAAGAAUAAGGUAUGAACCAAGUAAGCUAGCUUCAGUCUAAUGUUUAUCCAGCCUUUACUGCUGGACUGGACUGCUUUUGAGUGCCGUGAUUAAAGAAGCUUCCCUGCUGUUACACACACACACACACACACACACACUUGCACACACACACUCCUUUUUGAGAUCACCAUGCUGGCCCUGCUGUUGACUGCGCUGCUGGCUGUACAAUCUAUCGCUCUGGAAGUGCAUGUCCCUGACUUACCAGUGGUGGUGCUUUAUGGGUCAGACACCAUCCUCAACUGUACGUUCUCGGGGGCCAAGAACUUUAACCUGUCCGAGCUGAGCGUGUUCUGGCAGCUGGCUGACACUCAGAGAAGCGUGCACGUUUACGCUGACGAGCAGGACCGGUUCGUUGAUCAAGACGAGCGAUUUGCUAACAGGACCAGCCUGUUCCCUGCAGAAUUAGCGUCUGGUAACGUGUCGCUGCUCCUGAGGAGAGUCCGAGUGGCAGACGAGGGCAGCUACACAUGCUUCGUUAAAGUGGACACAUACAGCAAGGAUUCCAUGUUCAUGCAGGUGGCAGCCCCCUACUCCAAACCCUUAGUGACUUGGGAAACUGAUGCCAACCCCAAGCCAGGUGAUGUCGUAGCACUGACCUGCGUGGCGUACGGCGGGUACCCCGAGGCCCGGGUGCUGUGGCAGGACGGGAGCGGGCAAAACCUGACGGAGAACGUCACCAUCUCACCUAUAGCCAACGAGCAGGGUCUUUUCACCAUCAGGAGCGUCUUGACGGUGAUCCUUGAACCGAACAGCACUUAUAGCUGCAGACUGACCAAUCCACUUCUAGGGGACGAGGGCCACGCGUCUGUUACCAUCACGGGCCAGGCCCCGGUUUUUCCUCAAGUGGCUUUGUUUGUAACGAUUGGGCUGUCUGUCUGUUUGUUUGGUCUCCUCAUCGCCUUGGCUGCCGUCUGCCACAGGAAAAUCAAAGAGAGCUGUGAAGAGUUGAGAGCAGAGGAAGAAGCCAAAGAACUCGAGGAAGCCAAAGAACUUGAAGAAUCCAAGACAGCUGCAACACCUCUAAAGAGCUAAAGGCAAAGAGCACAGGGUGAAACUACACAUGAAGCAUGGAGUCUUAGAUUAACCUUCAGUGCAACAUGGCGUUCAACAAGAGGCACAUUUGAUUCACACACACACACACACACACACACACACACACACACACACACACACACACACACACUUUCAGUCUGUACAGGGCCAUUUUGGUGUUGCUAAUACCUGUACAAGUUGCUUAAAAUAAAAAAAAAAAAUAAAUAGCAAUUAACAAUUGAUGUGUAUGCUAAAAAUGUUGGAUUUUGCACAUUGCCGAGGAGCACGAAUGCGGUUUGCCUUGUUCCCAGUCUUAGAUUGACGUUAACGAUCAAACCCUGCAUUUCUGUCCGCUUUCAUUUCUUUUAACGGUUCAAACUCUUGCUUCGAUAAUCCAACUGUUUUUCAAUAUUUUUUUAAACAGCAUGAAUAGAAAUAACCUCAGACACUCUAGUAGCUUAGCAUCAGUCCGACAGCAUUGUUUACUUCCUGUUUUCAUCACAAAGACUUGAGAAAUCACCGAGCAGGGUUUGGAAUUGUAUGCAGUAGGCUAAACAUAAAAAUUUGCUUGAAGGCCAUUGGGUUUGACAAGCUUCCAGGUCCACGACUGACACCAGCUCCUUCCAUUCUGCAUGCAGAGCCUUCCCUCAUGUUCCACCUCACACCUAAUGGAAAGUGAAGAGCUUAAGAGCAGAACCGGCAAGGAAACUGCCAUCAGUGUGUCCAGCAUAGUCAGCCUGUCUUUCUUUCCCUCGUCUUCUCCACCAGCGCACCAGCUCGAACUAAUUAAGGUCCCAACAUGUACCUGUCAGCAUGUGGCCGUUUCUGCAAACUCAAUGACUUCGGGGAGAAAUUUGUUUGAAUUCCAGCUAAGCUUGAACAAAUUGCAACUGGUUCAAAGGACACACCUGGGCUUCUCUUUGCCCUGACAGUAUUAUGGUGAGAAAUGGUUUUAAUGAUUACGCAGUCAGUUGUGAUCCUCUGACCGGGAAACUAUCAUGAAUCUUGUAUGCUGGGCUUUUUUUUUUUUUUUUUUUCAACAGUGGUUCUUGAUACUUGGAACAUGUUCAGUGCCAAAUAAAUUUGAGUGUUUUUCCACAAAUGGAUGACUUGUGCUAGUCAGAUAUU